AUGGCUCUGGCAGUAUUUUGUAGAAGCCCGGCAGCCUAUGAGGCUUUGGCAGGUUUUGACAUAUUACAGCUACCAUCAGUGGAUUCAUUAAGACAACUACGGUCGGGGUACUUCCAGACUGAUGGCCCCAAUUGGGAAAACCUGGAAGAAGCUGCCCAAGAUUACAAAUCCCUUCGAGAGGAAAAGAGAGUACAAGGGUUACUACAACCGCAAGGCUGGGGUGUGUUGAUUGGGGAUGAGGUGAAAGUGGUGACAAAAAUUCAGUGGAACUCCAGAAAUAAUGAGUGCGUUUAUUUAUGCAUGGUUUAAUUCAUUUAAUAAAUAUUUAUGUACCUUUUUGGUCAGUUUCCUUUUUUGGCAUCCAUGAAUUUGCUGAAUUUUGAAAUUAUAGUAAAAAGAUUAACAAUUAAUUGAUUUCUUCUAACUUUUGACCAAAAGUGAGUUAGUGAAUACCUUAAAAAGUAUAGACUUAAUUAGAAGAAUUGUCUAGAUCCGUUACAUAAUAGUGGUAAACUUAAAUUCACAAAAUGAUGCUUGGAUUCAUUUAAAGUAAAUUAAAUGCCUGUCAACUAAAUAAUAUAAUGUCAAUAAUAAUUUUCUCUUACUAAUUUUUUACAUGAAGAUUCAUUGGUCAUUCCCUCACUCCUGAUGAGAUGGUUUCACUUCACGAUAUUUAUGAGGAACUGGAUCCAUCUCGAAGACAAAUGAGAGCAUCUUAUGUAUACCAGUUCUUAUGGCGUGACCUUACAAGCGAGUUCGAUGUCAUUGGUCCUUACUACAAGAGCGAAGUGGGAAUGAAGCAUCAGUUUGUGAUGACGUGCAUACUUACCACCAUCCAUGCAUUUCAUCUCUACGGAUUCGAGGUGAUGGCCAUUGUACUAGAUGGUGCUAGCACAAACUUGGCUGCAAUGAAGUACUUUACCAUGGGUAAGGCUGGUGCAUAUGGUAUGAAUGAGGACCCAGCUGUGUCAGAACCUCAUCGUGUAAAAACAUGGUGGAUAAAUCCAUUCACUGGUACCAAGAUAUUUUUUGUGCCAUGUCCAUCCCAUGAGGUAACAGUUGCAAUAAUAAUUUGAAACUGCAUGUUAUAAUAAUCAGGGUGCAAAGAAGGUCAGUUAUGCAGCUUGCCAUUUGGGCAAGCUGUAGCUAGCAUGUACUAGCCCACAAGUCAUUUCAACUGGCCCCAAAACCCUUUUUGAUUAGCAGGAUUGAUUACAAUCCUUUUGUAAUUUGAAUUUCCAAAAAAUAAUUGACCAGCUCCCAACAUCAGUGGCUUCAUAUAUUUGUUUGUAAUAGGGUCAAGUUUAACUAUUCCAUUUUUUAGUGUUACUGUAUAUUUUGAAAGCAGUUAUUUCCUGUAAACCCUUAUAAAAUAUUUCCAAACCAUCGACAAAUCUUUAAAAUUUUUAAGGAUGUUAUCCUUGUACAUGUAUAUAUACAGUUGUGGUACAACUACAUUUUGCGUAAAUAUUGGAACAAUCCAAAAGAAGAAAAAUUUAGAAAGCAACCAUUCAAAAAAAAAUCAUCAGCCUUCUGAUAAGUGUCUCUAAUAUUCACAGCUGAAAAGCAUUAUUGCGGCAUUGUAUUCUUCAAAGCCAACUGGAAAAAAGCACUUUAACUUGUGGGGUAUCAACUUUGGUUGGAGACAGAUCAUUGGAGUAUGGAAUCGAGAACUGGAUAGGGCGCGAAAGAACAGAAUGCUGAGAGUUCCAGAGCUGAAGUACCGGUAUGUUUUCAGGGAUUCUUGGACACGACUUAAUGUCAGACCUGCCAAAGUUAUGCAGGUAAGCCGCUAUAAAUGUGUUUCAAAUAUAUCCGGACAGCACAGUCCUAAAUACUAUUGUUAAGUUAAUAAUCUGACUACUUUAUCUAAUCAACUAAAAUAAUAUUAAACUUGGCAGGAACAUUUAAGUUUACAUUUUAGCUUCAACUUUUUCCUAGUGUUCAGUAUGAUUACCCAGCUCUCAUAAGAUUAAAUUUAAUGUUGUGGUUUAAUUUAUCUUUGGUUCAAAUUUUAUUUUCCGUUGUUUUUGGGUAGGAAAAUAAAAUUUAAACCAAAGAUAGAAUUGAAUACAAUUGAACAUUUUGUUUAUGCUGUAUUGAGCUGUUUUGAAAAUCACUUAUUUCCAUUAUAUUUAUCAGCAAGACCAUCUGAUUGGAGAACUAAAGGAGUAUCAAGAAAAAGGCCCUGCUGAUGCUGACAAGGUUUCUAUGACCGUGGAGUACCUGGAAGCUGCCCAGUCAUUAUUUGAAUUUGGUGUACUCAGCCAUACAAAGAUAUCUGAUGUCAACAGUGCUGUUCUUCAGAAGAUGGAGGAAGGAUUUCUGUUUUUUGUAGCCUGGGCAGACUACUGCUAUGGUGAAGGUAGAAAAUUGCUUAUCCCUGUUCACACUUAGUCAGUAAUUUUUGUAUAGCUGCACAGAGUCCAAUGUGUACCAAUAAAAACACUUUCAGAGUAAUAUUUAAUUAAACAGUAUACCCCUGUUGUACCAGUGGCAUUAUUACUGUCUUGAAAAUGAAAUGCAACAUGAUUAAUUGGUGACGUCGAGUGAUUUCCUGUUCUCUGGAGGAGCUAGGAAGUACCAAAACAAAAAAAGUGAACAUUCAAGUGAAUGUAGAAACCAGUACAUCUUAGGGCCCUGGACUUUAAUCAAUCAUGGUCACUUUGUGAUUUUGUUUUUGACUGCAAACUUUGGUCAAUUCUGAAGAUCAAUUCAAAAUUACCCUCAUUGGAGAUUCUUUUUUUUUUUUCAAAACAGGUUAUGACCUUUCAGUCCCCACACAGACAGUCUUUUUGUCAUGGCAAGUAAGUAUGUUUCUUUUUUUUUGGCUAUUUCAAGAUGUAUUGUUUUAUAGUAUCUCUCCUGAGAAGUGAAUAUUAAUUACUUGCCUUGCAGACAUGGGACCUGCUCAGAUUGAUGUACUAUGGUUUUUCUGAACUUUGCCAUGAGUUCUUUGAUCGGUUUCCAGGGCAUUACCUUAUUCCACUAAGGAUUAAUGGCAGUGGAUUAGAAACAAUCUUCUCUCAGCUACGAUUUUCAACUGCUGGAAACUUAACCAGCUGUAAUUAUGGCUAUGCCCUUUCCUCGUUGACUCUGAGAAGGUUCCUUCAUGGUCACCGUGGGAAAUACAAGUACCGGAAAGCAAGAUUGUAUGUGAGGCAGAGACGCUUCAAAAGGUCCAGACGUAUGGUACAAAGAGUGGCAUAA